UCCGUUCCGUUCCGUUUCGUAGGAGAAGGGACCGAUUCUCUAGCUGUGUGUGUGUGUGUGUGCGGCCACAGAAGCAUGAAUGCAUGUGCGUGAGUGUGUGGGGCAUCCCGCGAUGCGUCGUCCCGUGCAUUCGUGUGGGUUUCCUUGCUCGAACCAUCUAAUUGUGUUACUGCAUCGAAGGAAAACUACAUUCGUAGGCGCCCACUUGUUCCUUGUCCCUGUCUGACGAGAAGAGAGAGAAUGUCAACGCGAGAAAGACAGAGAGAGAGAGAGAGAGAGAGAGAGAGAGAGAGAGAGAGAGAGAGAAAACGAUAGAGCGUGAAUUCGAGAUCAAGGUCGUUGUCACAGAGAGAUAGAUCGAACGCGCGUCCUCCUAGUACACGUCUACGUACGUAUUCCCUUGUACGUGCAUUCUAUAUGCCUUCGCAAGUGUGUGCACAUACGGAAAUAUCACGGUUUUUUCGGCGCUCGCGUGUACGUGAUCCUUCAGUCGGUGUCGGGGCACGUCGGUACACGACGAAUACAGGGAGCGACGAUACCGACCGUGCGCGGCGUAGGGGCCCAUAUUCCGUGAAAGUGAUUAGAAGAAGACAGAGAGCGGCCUUGUAACGCGGUCAGGAUCGAAGUGCGAAGAUGUAGAGCCGUGGUUUUGUGCGCGUGGCGGUGAUAGAGCACGAAAAAGAAGGAGGAAGGAUGAUGCAGCGAGAGCGGGGGCCGAGCGAGAGACAGAUAUAUCACUAUACGCUAAAGAGCAAGAAGAAGAAGAAGAAGAAGAAGAAGAAGAAGAAGAAGAAGAAGAAGAAGAUCAGGAUGCUGAACAGCUUAGCGAACUACCUACUCGGUGGUAAUAUCACCGGCGGGCAAGGUUCGCGGGAAGGGUCCAAUAACCAAAUCCCGGAGGCCUGCCCGGUAAUGGCGAGGCUCAGGCAGGUGGAGGUUGAGGGCGAUGACUGGAUCCUCAUUGACCGUGCUGAAUCGCCAGCAAGUUCCACCACUUCCUCCCUCGACUCCAAUUUAGGUGAGGGCGCGUCGGCGCUGGAGGAGUCGUGGUACCUAACCCCUCCGCCGUGUUUCACACGGGCGGGACCCGUGAACGUAGAGACGUCACCGCUAGAGGACCUGCUAAUAGAGCACCCGAGUAUGUCUGUUUACCGGGCCACAGCGUCUCCGGUCGCCCCCGAAACCCCACCGCCUACGCCGGACGCGCCUGACGAACGUAACGUCGAGGAAAACGUGGUUCUGCGAGACGUGGUACCCGGCGCGAGCGUGGCCAUGGCGACGCAAGCUUUGCCGGAACGUCGUAACCCCAGGAGAAGUCAAAUUGCAGAGCAAGAGGAUCGUAGACCGUCAAUCCACGAUGGCAGACCCCCUGCCGAUCGUUCGCGCACAACAGAGCAAAGGAUAGCUCAGUUACGAUCGGCGCAAAAGGUUUUGGAAAAAAGGUGCACGCAGGCUCUAAAGAGAGGCCGCCUGGAGAGGAGUAACAAGUUGAGAGAGGUGUUCAGUGUCAAGGGCAAACGGCCACGCCGCCAGGACCGCUUGCGCAUCCAAAACAGUGGCGCGAACAACAACCGGAAAUGCUAGUCAUUCGAUCUCAGGCCAAGGUGUACUCAAAUACCUUCUUCCUAAAACAGGCACAUACAGGAAAAGCCACACUGCAUUACAGAGAAAAAAGAAACCAUUAUAAAAGAAAGAUGAAAGCCAACAAGACGAAAGGAAGAAACGAAUAGAAAAUAGACAAGCUGAAGCAGAAAAACAUUUUCAUUUCUGAAGCCCCUAUAUAUUGCGCCCGUGAAACACGCAGAUCGCAUAAAUCGGUCAACGCAUAGAAGCUAACCGAGAAACAAAGAAGGAAUGAUAAUGAAGAUGAAAGGAGAAAUAAUGAAGAAUAACGAUGAAUCACGUGGGGAAACAAAUGACACGAAAGGAUCACGUGUAGAAGCUGGGGCAAAUAUGCGGAAUGUUCUCUUCAAGAUUUUGUAUUAGUUGAGCCGCUCCUUCGCGUACAAAGAAAACAGAAAAAGAAAAAGGAACAUUGGAACAAUUUUUUUCGAAGAAGAAGAGUUCGUACAAAGGAGAAGAUUAAAAACUGACUUCUUUCGGAAAGAAAAAUUGAAGAAAGCUUCGUACAAACUUGGAUGUCUUUUGCUGACCGAGGAGAAAAAGUAUAUUUGAUCCGCUGUGAGAGUUUCGUAUCUAGAAUAUUGCGUAUAAUGGCGUGUGUAUGGUAAACGUCGAUUGGAUCGUGUGUAUAAUUUUUAGCCCCUACUUAUCGUUAGUAUGGGCAAAUGUGUCUCAACGUAUGUUUUAACACGUUAGUUCUUUCUUUUUUUUUUUUUUUUUUUUUUUUAUUUAAUUUAAGUUGUUUAUACGUUUGUGCUGCCUGUGGGAGCGUAACUUUUAGCGUAACAGCCCGUAACCUAAACGAUCGUUUUCCCUUUCACUCCCCUACCCGAAGAUGGCGUGCGAAUCGUCAUCUUGCUUUCAUGGACCGAUCCACGCUCAGAUGGCGCGACAGUCGAAAAGGGCCAGAAACACUUCGGGACCACCAUGUCCUUUGAGUUUCACGUUACGAUAAGUUUAUUCCUGCCGAAUUUUAUCAGUUGUGAAUCGUUUAGCGUGACUGGACUGUGGAUUUAUGUUAAUUUGCUUUUUUUUUUUUUGUUUUAUGUGUGAGUUAAUUUUUUAAUUGGCUUUGAAAAUUCUCUAACACGUAGUAUAAGUUUAGGUUUAGGCUUUAUUCUAUUCGAAUUAUUGAUUCAUUUUUUUACUAAUUUUUAAUUCUAUUUGAAUUUCUAAAAUUAAUUAUCAAGUUAAUUAUAGAGUAUCAAUUAAGUAUCAGAUAAGUAUCAAAUUAGUAUUAUAAUUGGUACUUAUCAAAUUAGUGUAAUCGAUUUAUUUCAUUUUACUAAUUUCUAAUUCUAAUUAGUCGUAAUUAUCAAAUUAGUGUCAUGUUAAUUAUGAUAUAUCUAUCAAAUAAUAACGAUGUAUCUAUCAAAUUAUUAUCGAGUUAACCAUAAAUUAAGUAUAAAAUUGUAUCAAAUUACAUAAAAUCCGCAGUCUAAGUAUGAUGACUAAGUAUGAGAUAGAAAAAAUUAUGAGCAUGAUGUAUUAUGUGGUAAUUUUCAAAAUGGCUCCGGAGAAAGCUGAUAGUCGUAGAACGUCCAUUUCAUAGAUAUCGUUACCUUCUUUCUUGAAAACACGAGUGUCACUGCAGAUUUUCCUGAAUUUGUGUGAAAUUUGUGCAAAAAUGUACAAAAUGUGCAUAAUAUUUGAAGUGCUCAAUGCGCAGUAUAUCUAUAGUACGCACAUAAUAAAAAAAAAAAGAUAUUCGAAGUAUCCGAAAGCAAAGUAUACAAAUACUUUUAUCGAGUCAUGUAAAAAAAAUCAGAGAUUUAUAUAUUAUGCAGUGUAAAUGUACAGGAUGUUCGCUAUGUAUUACAGAGCUUGUAAAUGGUAAGUUUACCAUUGUAAUAUUUUUUUUUUAUAGUCACCAUGAUGGCGCACUACAUUUUUUAUACUUGCGACAUUGCUCAAAAAACAAGAGUGACCAUUUUUUGGAAUGGUAUGAUAUACUUUUUAAUCCAUUAAGUGGAUGGAGCUGGACAUUCUCUGUAAAGAAAAAAUCGAAAAAUUAUUUAGGGGAUAUUACAAUUUUGUGAAAUCUAUCUUAUAGAAAACAAGGAAGGACAGGGGCAGUAUUCUUGUGUUUAUACUGUUCUUGUCUUUCAUGUAUAAAUUUUACAAAAUUAAAGUUAAAAUAUAUCUACUAAACUAAUAAUUUUUCGACACAAUACUUUUUUUUUAUGGAAAAUGUCAAACCCUCGAAUAGUGGAUUAAAAAAUAACUAUUCCCUUUGAAAAAUUGAGCAACAACCGUUGUUCCAUUUCUUGAACAAUUACAGAAAAUUGAUGUGCGCUGUCAUGUUGCAAAUUUUUUCAAAAAGUUACCAUUUACGAGGAAGACACAGCGAACAACCAGUGUCAACUGCGCGUAGCGUGCAAAAAUCUAUAAAAUAUCCAGACUGAUGAUAAAUAAAAAUAUUCUGACUGACCAAA